AGCGCCAUGGACCCAGGGCACUGGCCCGCGCGGGGCCCCGGCACCCCCUGGAUCUACCGGAGCAUCUCGGGGGAGUACGCGUGUCGGGAGAAGCACUUUGCGGCUGAGCUGUGGCCGGCCCGGUGCCCGGGGCCCCGUGUGCACCAGGACCCCACGUGGAGCAAGUCGAUUCCUCUGCCCCAGCCGCCCUCCAGCGGCGACCCCCGGGGCCUGCGGCUGCUGGGGAAGGGGGCGCGAGGGGACCGAGACGCCCCCAGCGAGAGGAAGCCGAGGGGCGGCUCGGAGGGCAGGAGGGGCCUGGGCUGGGCGGCCCCCCCGGAGAGGAGGGGGCAGGGGGCAGCAGCCAGUGUCCUGGCCAGGAGGCGGCUGGCAGGGAGUGCCAUGGAGGUGCUCCCAGCCGGGCCACCCAGCUACGAGACCCACAUGCUGAGGCGGCUCCGGGCGGGGCAGGGCAGCCGCAAGCCGAACCAGCCGCGGCCCCCGCCCUACAUCUCGCCCCCUGCCUACGACGCGCCCCACCGCACUCUCCCCACCAAGCGGCCCCGCGCCGCCCCUGCGCCGCCGGCCGCCAAGCGGGGCCGGGCAGCGCCCCAUGGGAAGGGGCCCGCCGGGGGCAGCCCAGAGCCCGCUCCCGGCUCGCGUGGCCCCCGGCAGCGGCUGGCCAGGCUCCCCCAUGAGGUCCUGGGUGGCUGGAGCUACCAUGCGGGGUCGGGCUCCCUGGGGCGCCGUGCCGGGUCGGGGCUCUUGUGCCCGGGGCUGGAGGGCGCGGUGCAGUCCAGGGCCCGGGGCAGCUCGGCUGAGUCCCUCUUCCGCCCACUCCCCAGCCCAGACAGCGGCAGCCACACGCUGCCCCGGGCAGCCGGAGGGGCCAGCAGGGCCCGCGGCGCCGGGGGCUGGGAUGCAGCAGGGCCCGGCUCUGCUCCGGGCCGGCAGCGACUCCCCUCCGGCUGGGGCUUUGGCUACGCAGCCAGCUCCACGGGCAGCGCCAGGAGUGGGCAGCGGGAGGGCUGGGAGCAGAGAGGCCGGCCAGAACGCAGGGCGCCCCCCUCUCCCUGCCAGGCCCCCACAGCCGAAGGCCGAAGCCGUCAUGGGGGCGUCUUUGUGAUCGAUGCCACCUGCGUGGUGAUUCGCGCCGAGUACAUCCCGCCCCCGCGGCGGGAGCAGGUGCGGCUCCUGGGGUCCCCCCCGCCCCAGGACCCAGCCUCUCCAUGCCAGAGGCUGCUCCUGGCCAGCCGACCCCACCUUGGAGCCUCCGAGCGGGCGGCAGGGCCCCCACCCCCUUCCCCCGGUGACGGCUCCCUGGGGGAGAGGGCGGCUCGGAUCUUGGGGCUCCCCACGGCCGAACUGGGCCUGGAGGAACCACAGGGGGCCUGUGCCCAGCGAGAGAACCCCGGGCGCUGGGGCCAGCAGGCGGGAGCAGCUCUUUCUGGCAGCCCGGAGCGGCUGGUGGGGGGCCCCGGGGUGCAUGGGCUGCUCAGCCUGGCUGCUUCCCCCGAAGAGCCGCCUGGGGUCCCGGGGGGCAGGGAGACCCCCGGGGACGGCACCAAUCCCUCUGUGGAGCCGGGGCCGGGGCCGGGGUGGGGCAGGGAGGCUCCUGGGAACGGUGCCAGUCGCGGUGAUCCGCAGGCCCUGCCCCCCCGAGCCCGGCCCUGCGCCCGGCGCCCGGCGCUCUGCACCCGCGACCUGCGCGAGGCCGUGUCCCGCAUCCGCCGCCACACGGCGCCCGACUCGGACACGGACGAGGAGCCCGCGGGCCCGGCCCCGCGCAGCCACGUGGCCUGGAGGGGGCGCCCUCGCCACGAGGCCCUGGCCUACAGCAGCAGCAGCAGCCUGGCGAGCAGCGGCUCCGACGCCACCGUGGUCCCGGCCGGCGAGGGGGCGCCCCCGGGGGCGGAGCCAGAGGCUGGGGAGCCAGGGCAGGAGGCCUGGGGCGGGGGCCAGGAGGGGUUGGAGAGGAGCAGGGCAGCGGAGCCCAGAAGGGGGUGA